AUGGUGUGUAAAUGGUUUGGAGGCAUCUACGGGGACAUUGACACGAAGCCUCUCCAACAUCCCGCCCAUUGGAUUCAGCAAUCCGACAUUUCAGCAUGGACCGACGAAUCGACGGGCAAGACGUACGGCCUGGACAGCUCGGCGCUGCGUCAGCUCGCACAUACACCCGCGCAAGCUCAACCCGUCAACGCCAUCUGGGGGAUUGAAUGCGACUCGGAUCCGAAAACAGACGCCCACUGGCGCAUGGGAUACACGUACGCGAUCCAGCUCACAAACUGGGCGUUUGCUUCCGCCCCUCGCCAUCCCAUCCUGCAGCGGUUCCUCGACCGCCUUGUUGGCAUGGCCGACGAGGCCAAACAAGCUGCGCUGCACACCUCUACCGGCAGCCUCUCCCAGCUGCACUACGAUCCGCUCACACGCACGGGGCCAGCGGCCGUUACAGAGGUGACGCGCAAGUGGCUGGAAGAACGGCAAGGAUUGAGGUGGAAUGCCCUGACGGGUCUGAAGGACAAUGCGAGGACGAAGCUCGCUGGCGACGUCUUGGUUCUUCCCAUGACGGGAUUCAGGUAUCAAUCCACCCCUGUGUACUACACAUUACUAAGGCACUAG